GUCUCGGUCAGCCCGCAGCCAGCAGUCUCCUUCCCCGCCGGCGCGAGCUCCUUCACUACCGAGAUGGCUGCGAAAGUGUGCAGGUCGGUGCUCCUGUUGUCCCGGAGCGGCGGCGCGGUGGCCGGCAGCCUCCCGGCGGUCGUCGUGUCCCCGCAGCGGCACCAGCGGCACGUCGGACCGGAUGUACUGCCUGCUACUUUCACCCGUCAGACUGUCAGGAGAGCACACGGCCUCCGGUCAGCAGCCCACUCCACACUCUUCACCCAGCCUACCAGCACCCUGUCUCCACAGGUUUGGAGCAGCACUCCCUCAUGGCAUGGCCAGAGACUGUUGUGUUCCUCUGCUGCUCCUGAAGAGGUGACGGUGGUGUAUCAGAACGGGCUGCCUGUGUUCUCUGUCAGUUUGCCGUCCAGGCGAGAGCGCUGUCAGUUCACCCUCAAGCCUCUCAGCGACAGCGUGGGAGUUUUCCUGCAGCAGCUCCAGGCGGAGGACCGAGGCAUCGACCGGGUAGCCAUCUACUCCAUGGACGGAGCGAGGAUCGCCUCCUCCACGGGCAUAGACGUCCUGCUGCUGGACGACUUUAAGCUCGUCAUCAACGACACCACACACCUAGUGCGGCCACCCAGGAGAGAGAUCCUGCCCCACGAGGAGGCCGAGAGGUUAAACGACGUCAAGUUCCUGGUGCAGCAGCUCUACACCACGCUGCGCAUCGAGGAGCACCAGCUCAGCAAAGAGCGGGAGCUGAUUGGACGGCUGGAGGAUCUCAACUCUCAACUCCGCCCUUUAGAGAAGGUGAAGGAGGAGCUGAGCAAGAAGGCGGAGCGGCGUACCACCUGGGUGCUGUGGGGAGGCAUGGCRUACAUGGCCACCCAGUUUGGCGUCCUGGCCAGGCUGACCUGGUGGGAGUACUCCUGGGAUAUCAUGGAGCCGGUUACUUACUUCAUCACUUAUGGCACAGCUAUGGCCAUGUAUGCCUACUUUGUUCUCACACGCCAGGAGUACGUUUAUCCUGACGCAAGAGACAGACAGUACCUGCUGUUCCUCCACAAGGGGGUGAAAAGGACACGCUUCGACGUCGAGAAGUACAACAAGCUGAAAGACGACAUAGCUGAGGUGGAGUUGGACCUGAAGCGCCUUCGAGACCCCCUCCAGCUUCAGCUCCCCAUUCAACAGCUCACGGAAACUAAAAAUUGAUGGCAAGUUUGACUCCCUCCCUCUUCUCUGAGCUCCUGAAACUCGCUUUCUCUCCUCCUGCCAUCCAAUCCCCCCACCCCACCGCCUCCCUCCAAAAGAAAAAAAAAAAAGAAAACACCUUACCUCUUUUACCGAUUAUCCCAUCCCUUUUCUUAACCGUGGAAAGUUUUGCUUUCUUCUUUGUUUGUUUUUUGUUUCGCUUUCCCGACUGAAAUCUCCAGUUGGAAUUCAGAUGGAAAAAUAGCUAAGAGCUGGAAAAGGAGGGUGAGAAGAGCUAGAACUGAAAACUUCUCACAGCCGAAGGAUGAAGAGGAUGAUGAUGGCUACAAAAUCAAACUGGGCGCUGUUGAUACGCCUCAAAAACUCUGGAGGAACAACCUGCAGGAAGCCGCGGUGAUAAAUGUGAAUUAUCACGCUUGUAGGCACUCAAAGACGGGGAACACACAGAGGAGUGACUUUUGUUGCGUGUGUGUGUGUAUGUGUGUGUGUGUGUGUGAGGGACCAUCGUUGGGACGGAGAACCGGGCCACAUCGUCGGUUUAACCCGUGCAGGCUCCAGGGAAAAGUUUACACGAAGGAGUUCAGACUGCGGUCACACCAUCAGGGAGACGCAGUUUUCCCUGCGGCUGGACUCCGCUGCCUCCUCCCUCCGAGCCACGCCCCCUCCUACGGAUGACGGACAGCCGUCCCUUCCCGUGUGACCCUUCGUCAGGAGCAUAUCUUCCCUGGCAGGAAGCGGGAACGCCGACGCCUCGGCCCCUCCUUCCUGUUGAUGUCCCGUAGCGACCCGGCGAGUCCUGAGAGUACUACUACCGACAACAACAUCACUGUGUGUUCUUUUAUUCCAAAAAAUAUAUUUUGGCACUUUUUAUUUUGAAAGCCAUAGUAUAUUUGUUAUGAAAAAAAAGUAAUAAAAAGAAUAUAUAUGUAUACAAUCAAAUAAACUAAUGACCAGAGGCUAGUUUUUAUUUUUUAUUUAUUUAUUUUUGCCAGUGGGGGGAGGAGCUCUCUUGCGAACGUCAUUUUUACGAGAAAGUCAUUCGCAUCCGCCUUGCCACGAAGUCCAUCUGUAACAAAGCAGCAGAGUGUUGCACUGAAUGCAAUCAUUGCUACCAACAUUUUAUGGGACAAUGCAGUGCUGUGGAAAAGUAUUUGCACUUUUGCAAAAUUUUUCUUUUUCUGCUGUUUUUUUUUCACACAAGUUUCAAAUCAUCAAAGAUAAGCUGAGUAUAUAGAAAAUGCAG